AUGGCGGAAAAGCCGAAAUUCAAGCAAACUUUUACUACGCAGUCUCAAGCAAAGCCAAAUUAUGGGUUACCUGUGCAGAAUAUAUCAUUUCAGAAAAAAUCAUCUGAAAAUAUAGAGAAAUCAAAAUGGGCAGAAGAUUCUGAUGCUCAUAUAAAACAAAUAAAUAUCGAAUCAAAUGACAAAAUAUACACGAAACCAAUCCGUGAAUCCAAAAAUGAAAAUUUGCCUUCAAAAAUCCCAGAAACAAGUACUCUCACAGACAAAAAUUCUUUAUCUUCUCAAUCAUCAUCAAAUCUUUCUGACCAACCUAGAAAUUCUGAUAAACUUUUCUCUUCAAUCAGCACAGACUGCCAAACUUCAUCAAAUUCAUUUCUUAGCCAAUCUGACCCUAAGCCUACUACUCUCGGAAAACUAAAAUCCACAUACCAUAAAUUUUUAAAAAAAACAUCACAAAAAAUCUCAUCAAAAAAUAAUUUUUUAAUCAGAUCUGCAACAAAAAUAAAAUCCAAGCUUCAAAAAAUAGCUAAUGAAAUAAGUCUAAGCCUAUAUAUGCGCUGUAUUUUUUAGUCUUUUUAACUUGAUUUUUAUAAAAAAUAUUAAAUUAAAUAGGUAUACACCCAUGGAGCACAGUAGAAGAAAUCGACGUUUUAUGUAUCAAUUGCUACGAAUGUGUCCCAUUAAGCCAAGUCAAUUCUCAUUCAAAAAGUUGCACAAAAGCCAAAGAAGAGUCAAAAUUAGAGGUCGUCAAUAUCAAUGAAAAAAUAAAAAAACUUCUUGAGGCAAUAAAUAAUAAAAUCUCAGUCCUUGCUGGGGUAAAAUUGAUUUUCUUUUCCAAGCUCCAAGAAUUAGCAAUUUCUGCUAUAAAUUGUAGUGAUUAUCCUAAUACUAUAAUAAACAACAUCAAAAAUUUGAUGAUGGCAUAUCCAGAUAUUGACGAAACAAGAGCUUGUGAAAUUCUUGCCUAUAGACUCUCAAAUUUGGUUGAGCAAAAAACUCCAUUUUUCCCUGAAAGAAUGAGUUUAUAUAAUGAAAAUGCAGAACUAAAAUAUGAAAUUGAAGCAGAAUCACAGAAAAAAGAGCUGGAAAAAUGAAAACUCCGGACAAAUUUGUUGCUCAAUAUUGGUGGAAACCCAUUGCGAGAAAGUAUUGAAGAAAUUCAUAGUGAAAUUGACCCAGACGAGGAUUUAUUUUCUUCAAGUCUAUCUACUAUUGAUGCACAACCCGACUCAGACAGUGAAGAUUAUGACGAUGGGGAUGAGGAGCUUGAUGAAGAUCAAAUAGAAAAAUAUUUUUAUGCAAUUUGUUUAAAAAAGAAAUUAAAAUCACCACAAUCUCGGCCGUCUAAAAGAUAUUGAUAUUAAAAUUAAUUAAAUAUUUUCGCAAAUUAGACUAAUUUUAUAAUAUUUUCAACAUUUAAGUCUCUGUAAUUGAGGAUAUAUCAAUAGCAGAUCUUUAUAAAAAGUGCCAAAAAGAAAAUAUAGAGUUUUCUCAAUGGGAAGACUUUAUUGACCAAAAUUUAGUUUAA